AUGACAUCGGUUUCUCCACAAAGUAAAUCGUUCAAAUAUCGCCAGGAGUUGAAUUCAGAGAAAAGUGAAUCGUGCAAAUUUUGCAAGAUUUGUGGUAAAAUGUACCGAUACAGGAACGCCCUAGCCAAUCACAUGCGUGCUGAACAUAAAAAUCAUCCAAUAAUUUCGAAUCGCAGCAGACGGCCGUACGUCUGUGACUUCUGUGGUAAAAGAUACGCAAACAAUGCUGCCCUAUUGAAACACAAGCCAUGGCACACUAAGACGCCGUAUCCCUGUAAAGUUUGUGGUAAAGUGUUUCAAUUCGAAACAGUUUUCUAUAAUCACCUGCGAACCCACAACAUGGAUCCAUCCGAUGUGCGCAAAUCUCACAGCCAACUGCCGAGCGCAGAGGACAUAGUCCUUUGCAGUGAGUCGUUGCGAUGUGACAUUUGUGGCAAGAAAGCCACCACUAGAGACGAACUACUCAAGCACAGAAAAAUUCACAAGCCGAAGACAUUUCGUUGUAAGGCCCAUUUCACACCAAAGCUGGGCCGGGCCCGGCCUAGCCGAGCGGAAUCGGCCGGAGGCGGAUCAGCCGAGCGGAAUCUGCCUGCGUUCGCACUGAAGCCGUUUGCCGAUUCGCUCAGUAAUACAAAAUACUGCGCAACUCACUACUUGGGAAGAUCGAACUAA